GAGCCCUCGACAACAGACAAAAUGAAAAUGGGUGCCAUGAUGGGUGGUACUGUCGGUCUUUGUGUUGGUUUUGUUUUUGGCACUAUCAACAUUAUUCGAUUUGGUAGUGGUUCCAAGGGUCCUAUCUCAUUGCUGAGCCAGUACAUGCUUGGUUCUGCCGCCUCGUUCGGAUUUUUUAUGUCUAUUGGAUCCGUCAUCCGUUCAGAA